UGUUAUCAAUAUCAUCUUAAGUGAAGGAAAUCCCAAAUGAAGACACUCAAGUUACCACUGACAAAGAUAGGAUAUCCCUGAUUAACCAGCAACAAUCUCUUAUAGACUGGAUGCGCACACUGAAUACAUAGAGCUACAGCUCUAUGCUGAAACGAACACAGCGGUUCAGUAAUUCAAAUUUCCUCUUCAUACGUGGUUUUCGCUGCCUCGGCGUAUAGUAACUAUGUUGUAUUGUAUGAUACUCGACCCAAUGAACGAACAUGACGGCCAGCUCUGUUUUUCUGCUUCUUCUUGCAUUUAUCAUGCAAUGUAGAUUGUCGUAUGAAGCUCGUAUCUUACUAACGACAGGAGCAAAUUUCGGCAGUCACUUUUCAGUAUUUUCUAAUGUGGGACACGCCCUUGUUGACAGAGGACACACCGUUACGGCUCUAAUAAGCGACGCCUUCGAUAGCGCGAACGAUCAGCGGCUGGUGAACUUGAAAGUGGAUGUAUAUUAUGAUGGCAAUAGAGAAACUACCCGUGAAUAUACGGACGCAUAUACUAAGCAUCUUAUGGGAAAGAAAUCGUCUGGCUUUACCAACCUAUUUCACUGGAUACCUCCAAAUCUUUAUUCCGCCAUCGACAGUUGCAAAGACAUGAUCAAUCAUUUUGAAAACAGAAAACAUCACUAUGAUCUAAUAUUACUUGACGGACAUAGUUCAUGUUCGAUCUUUCUUGCUUGUCGACUAACAGUUCCCUAUGUUAUUCUUAUACCGAGUGGCAUAAAACCAAGUCUAGCUCGACGUCAUGGGAUUCCUGAUACAACGACAUACUAUCCAGAAAUGUCAACAGGUUUAUCAAAUCGAAUGACUUUCUUACAGCGUGUCUCGAACACGAUCAGCGGGAUCUUAGCUGAUCUACUGUCAUUUGUCGAGUACGACGCUUUACAUUUCUUUUUGAGUAUGCGAUACAAUAUCACAAAACCUGAUCGCAACCUUGUGUCGAAUGCUCAGCUUAUUCUUGUGAACUCAGAUUUCUCUGUGGAUUAUCCCUUUCCCUUACAUCCUAAUGUUAUUACAGUCGGGGGACUUACGACUCGACCACAUCAGCCACUUAGUGAGACAUGGGAAGCGCUUAUGGAUUCAUCUGGCCAUCAUGGAGCAGUACUGUUCACACUCGGUACAUAUGCCGGUUCAGCUUCGACGUUACCUCUGUAUGAGAUGGAAAAGUUGUCUCGGGCAUUCAGUGCGAUUCCUCAGCUUGUUAUCUGGCAAAUGAAGGGAGAACCACCCCCAGAACUUCAAGUAGGAGAGAAUACCAAAAUCAUGUCGUGGGUGCCACAGAAUGAUUUGUUAGGGCACCCUAAUAUGAAGGCGAUGGUCUUUCACGGUGGUAAUAAUGGAAUGUACGAAGCCCUUUACCAUGGUGUGCCUAUGGUGGUCAUGCCCCUCAUUUUCGACCAUCCCGACGUCGCAACCCGUGUCGUCGACCGCGGAAUGGGCAUUGAAGUCAAUUUCUUUUCAUUCACCAGCGAAGAACUUGCAAAAGCUAUUAAUGACGUCAUCAACAAUUCAAGCUACAAGGAGAACGUCCUUCGAUGGUCUUCCAUUUUUAAAGCCAAUCCUCAGCGUCCAAUGGAAAGAGCUGUCUUUUGGAUCGAGCACGUCUUAAAGUAUGGUGGAGAUUACCUUCGCACGUCUCGAACGGAUCUCUAUGUAUGGCAGGUCUAUUCAAUCGAUGUCUACGCCUUUCUCCUCUUCGUCAUCUAUCUGUGCUACCGAGUCCUCAAAUUCAUUUACAUCAGGCAAUAUUUUCGAAUUGUUUGGAGCCGGUUUUGCAUCAUCAUCGGUUAUCCGCUUCGGAGGGUUUGUCCAGCGUCCCUCCGAUUACAACUCAACAUGAGUGGCAAUCUUGGAAGGCGAUUCUGGAGAAGGCAUCCUCCUCGGGAAAACGGAAAAGUGUGAAACUGUUUUUUGUUGUCAAACUCUGGUAAUUUUCAAAGCCCAUUUUUAGACAAUAUACAGUUUUAUGUUUUUGAGAAUUUCGCCUAAGUUAAAUUGUGCUUUAGAGGCUGUCAGUCUAUGCAGUUGGACGAUUGGUUGUGUUUUCCAAAGAUGCCAUUGAAUUUCAUAUUAUCAUACUUGACUUGUCUUAAUAUUAUUUGUAUUAAAAGAACACCAGGGGAUGUUUCAUAAAAGCUGUAAAUUACGCUUGAUUUUACUGGCCGUUUCUUGCGGGGGAAUAUUAUACCCCUAAAUUUGACUGUUGAAUAGUCGUGCGUAAACUUGUCUGUAAUUUACGAAAAGCUCUCACCUGGCAAUACUGCCUUUUGCAAAUGAAAGAAAAAGAAAGAAAAAAAAGGAAUAAGAGGGGGAACUCCUCGAUUGAUUAUAAUCCCGGCCCGUCUAUGACAUUUGCAUGUAUAGGCGAAUUGAGGUAGCCGGUACGUAAUUAAAAAAAAUUAUCAAUACCCAAAUCAAAUAAAUACAAUGUAUGACAAGCGUGUCUUUUUGGCGAUGGGGACUUGAUCAAUCAGACCAUCACUUAGCUUUGCGCCCGGGGGGCCACUUACAUUGGCGAGUGGAUACCAUGCGCGACCAAAAAAAAAACACGUAAAAAGGAUGUCUUUUUCA